UUCUAUACAAAACACACAAGAAGCUCCCUCCCUCCCUCCCUCCCUCAAAGAAAAAGCAAAGAAUGUUCAACAUUUUAAAAUUCAAAAACUCUACAACACAGAUCCACAUAUAGCCCAACAACACAACAAGACCAAACCUUUAUUACUCUCCAUUUCCUUUCCUUUCCUUUUCCAUAUAACAAAAACAAGAAAUUUAGCGAAGCAGAUGGGUGCUUACAGGGCUGAUGAUGACUAUGAUUAUCUAUUCAAGGUAGUGUUAAUAGGUGAUUCUGGUGUUGGAAAAUCCAAUCUUUUGUCAAGAUUUACGAAAAAUGAAUUCAGUUUGGAAUCCAAAUCCACUAUUGGUGUUGAAUUUGCCACACGUAGUAUCCAUGUUGAUGAUAAAGUUGUCAAGGCUCAGAUUUGGGACACUGCUGGCCAAGAAAGAUACCGUGCAAUUACUAGUGCAUAUUAUCGAGGAGCCGUUGGUGCCUUGCUUGUCUAUGAUGUCACUCGACAUGUCACUUUUGAGAACGUGGAGAGAUGGCUAAAGGAGCUUCGUGAUCACACCGAAUCCAACAUCGUGAUUAUGCUUGUGGGAAACAAGGCAGAUUUGCGUCACUUGCGUGCAGUUACUACUGAGGAUGCCACUGCAUUUGCUGAGAGAGAGAACACUUUUUUCAUGGAGACCUCUGCCCUGGAGUCCUUGAAUGUUGAAAAUGCUUUCACAGAAGUGCUCACUCAGAUUUAUCAUGUAGUCAGCCGGAAGGCUCUUGAUGUUGGGGAUGACCCUGCAGCCUUGCCCAAGGGACAGACUAUUAAUGUUGGCAAAGAUGAUGUAUCAGCUGUGAAAAAGGUUGGAUGCUGCUCCGCAUAGUCAGAAUAGAUGAAGAAAGGAGGUAUUGGUGGUAAUAUUUUCUCCUAUUUUAUAAUUUGCUUUUUUAUUAUUUGAAGUCGCCUUUCAGACAACAAGAAUGUUCAGAUGGAUAGUUGUAGUCCAAUUGCUUGCCUAGAGACAAGCAAACUUGUUGAAGUCGAGAGAAAGCUUAAGAAGGGGGUAUGGAUCCAAGAGGCUUUUGCAUUUGAUUGCCAUUCCUUUUUCUGAUUAUUCUUUUGUAAGUUUGUUCCUUGGAGUGUUGUUGUAAUUUGUAGACAGUUUCAACCCUCUAGUUUAGAUUCAAAUUUAUUGCUUGAAUUUGGAAGCUGUUAAGGCAAUUGCUCAACUUGAUUGAUUGAUCGAUUCUUGAUUUAUUAUUUUA